AUGAAUUCGCCAACUAAGCUGAAUGCUCUAGUCACAGUAUGCAUAAUCCUCAUCACCCUGCGCGUCGGCGCUGCCUCCUUCUUGGAGCGUUUAUCGAAGGAUGAACAAAGCUCUGUUGCUGGAGACCUUGAGCUACAAGAGCCUGAAAAUGCAGUCGCAAUUAGACCACGAACUACACUUUACUACGCAAGAGAAGCUUUCUACCUCCUGUUCAUGAAUGGACCGAAUGCUUAUUCUGCACCUCGGAGACUCUCGAAGCCCCUCUCAAAUGCCCACACAGUCCUCGACAGCGCAGCAGCAGACGAAGACCCGGAUGCCAUCUUUCUCCUUGCCGAAAUGAACUUUUUUGGCAAUUACACCUACCCUCGAAACUAUAGCGAAGCCUUCAAACGCUACUACGAUCUAGCUGCUCUCAAUGGUAAUGCCUCCGCGCAACACAUGCUCGGCUUCAUGUACGCCACUGGCUACGGAGGAGCAGUAGAGCGGGACCAAGCAAAGGCUUUGAUGUAUACUACAUUCGCAGCGAAAGGGGGAAGCACGAAAUCAGAGAUGAUAGCCGCGUAUAGGCAUCAUACGGGCAUAGGCACGCCUCGAAAUUGCAACGAAGCGGCAUACUGGUACAAGAGGGUGGCGGACAAAGCUGUGGCGUAUUCGAGGAAUGGACCACCCGGUGGACAAUCGCUGCAGAGAGAUGCUUACAAGAUCGCUGAUGAGGCUGGUGGCGUGUAUGGUGAAGGAGCAAGCGUGUCUAGCUCAGGCAUGUUUGCAAAUAGAGCAGGUCCAAAUUCGGAUGCUCAUGCCGCUUUUGAUGAUGUGCUUGAAUAUUUGGAUCUGAUGUCGCGGAAGGGGGACUUGAAGGCUACAUUCAGUCUGGGACGGUUACACUAUGAAGGAUCGAGGAGCAUGAGGCGAAAUCUGAGAGUAGCAAGGGCUUAUUUCAUGACCGUGGCGAGGAAAUAUUGGCAGAAAGAUGGAUCUAUUCGAGAGGAAGAUCAGGGCGUCGCAAAGAUUGCAUCAAAGGCUGCAGGGUACAUUGGACGUAUGUUUCUACGCGGUGAGGGUAUGGAGCAGAGCUUCGAAAAAGCGUGGACUUGGUUUAAGCGGGGAAUCAAGAAUGGCGACGCUCUUUGUCAGUAUGAGAUGGGCGUCAUGCACAUGCAGGGCCUAGGCGCGAGACAAGACGCUCUUCUGGCGGCUGAUUACUUCAAGGCAUCGGCAGAACAAGACUUUGCAUCCGGCCAGGUCAACAUGGGAAAACUAUUUCUUGACCAGGGCAAUGUUCCUGAGGCGACUAAGUACUUUGAUCUUGCAGCUCGUCACGGCCAUAUCGAAGCAUUCUACCACCUCGCAGAGAUAAACAACAACGGUGUCGGACGUGAUCGAUCCUGUAACAUGGCCACCGCCUACUAUAAGCUUGUCGCAGAAAAAGUCGAGCUGAUUCACUCCUCUUUCGAUGAAGCCAACUCGGCUUUCGACGAAGGCGACAUCGAAUCCGCCCUACCACUCUACAUGAUGGCGGCAGAACAAGGCUACGAAUCUGCUCAAGCGAAUGUCGCUUACAUCCUCGACGAAUACAAAUCGAUCUUCUCUUUCGACUCGCUCCUACCUUGGAAGCGACAGCGCUCAUCAUUGCUCCGAAACACGGUCCUCGCCCUCAUUUACUGGACACGCUCCGCCAAACAGUCCAACAUUGACUCUAUGGUGAAGAUGGGCGACUACUAUCUUGGCGGCUAUGGUGUGGAAGCAGACAUGGAGAAAGCUGCAACUUGCUAUCAAACGGCAGCUGAGACGCAUCAGUCAGCCCAAGCGUUGUGGAACCUCGGCUGGAUCCAUGAGAACGGCAUUGGCGUCGAUCAGGACUUUCAUCUGGCCAAGAGAUUCUACGAUCAAGCGCUUGAAACGAAUCAGGAAAGCUAUUUACCGGUGAAGCUGGCGUUGAUGAAGUUGCGGGUACGGAGUUUUUGGAACACAAUCACGCACGGUAAGGUCAAUAGUAUCCGUUCUGAACCUGCUGAGGAGCCAGCCCAACCCUUCUCCUUCAAAGACUGGCUGUCCAAAUUCCUCGACGACCAAAACAACCCCUACUAUGGCGACGGACCGGAUGACUACGACGACGUCGGUCUCGCAGACGGUAUGCCCGGUGGCGACGACGACUACCCCGACGAAAUGGACGAGAGUAUUGUAGAGUCUUUCAUGAUCGUCGGUCUAAUGGCUGCGCUCGCUUGGCUAGUAUAUUACCGCCAGCAGAGGCAGCUGCAGCAUCGUCGGACGACAGAAGCGGCAUCUCAAGGUCAGGGUCAGGGACAACAGGGGCAGCAAGGACAAGGGCAGGCUGCACAGGCAGGCAGCGGCGAGGACAACCAAGACCUUCAGCAGCCAGGGCAGCAGCCAGAUGGAGGCUUCUUCCCGGCUCCCGACGAUCCGCAGUAUGGCGCAUGGGUCGCUGGUGGGGUCGGCCACUGA